GUGUACUGUUACCUAAAACUACGGAAGACUCCAAAGUUGAAAAUGCCGAAAUGAUAUCAGUAACAACUGGUCAGCGGUAAAAGAAAUGAAAAAAUCCAUAUUUGAGGAAGAUUAAGACUUAGCGAUGAAAGGUUUUCCGACUUCUGUGCCUUUGAAAAUUAGCUUCCUGUUGCUCGUUUGGAUUGUAACCAAAGUUACAGCUUCCAUUGGGGACAGGUCAUAUGUGUAUCAGAGAUGCAACCAUCAUUGUGAAAAUGCAAAUUGCACUGGUACACAGUUAAAGAUAUUCAGGGAGCAACAGCCAUUCAGUCAUAGUUUACUGAGAUGGAGUUGUGAGGAUGAAUGUAAGUACAUGUGUAUGUGGAUCACAGUGGAUGCCUUCCGGAAAGAUGGACUCAAAGUUCCACAGUUCCAUGGCAAGUGGCCAUUUGUAAGGUUGUAUGGAAUACAGGAACCAGCCUCUAUGAUAUUCUCUGUAUUUAAUGGACUUGCUCAUCUCAGUAUCUUUUACUACCGGAAACUGGUACCGUCCUCUACACACAUGUACUAUGUCUGGCAUGGGGCUGCUAUUACAGCCAUGAAUGCAUGGACGUGGUCUACAAUAUUUCAUUGUAAAGAUACAGACUUCACAGAGAAAAUGGAUUAUUUUUGUGCCUUUUCAAUUGUGCUUUACAACACAUUUACUCUGGCGUGCAGGGUACUAGGUACUGGGACAAUGUACAGACCAGCCCUUGUAGGCCUAGCAUGUGUGACUUUAUUUAUUCAACAUGUGUCAUACCUAACAUUUAACAAGUUUGAUUAUGGCUACAACAUGCAAGUUAAUAUAGGAGUUGCUGUAUGUAACAUGAUAGGCUGGCUAAUAUGGUGUUUUACAAUGAGACGGAACAGGUUUGUGUGGAAGGCUGUAGCUUCUAUUGUUGGUAUACAACUUUUGUUAUGCCUCGAGCUUGGAGAUUUUCCACCAUUCUACUGGAUUUUAGAUGCCCAUGCAUUGUGGCAUGCUGGGACAUGGCCUCUAGCUUUCUUGUGGUAUAGUUUUAUCAUUGAUGAUGCCAAGUUCAUACAGAAAACUAAACCAGAAAGAGUUUUGCCAAGCAAAAUAGACUGAUUCAAUGUACAACAAUCUGUUUUAAUCAUAGUAACCAGGAUGUAGUGUAUGUUUAAAGACUGAUUCUAUAUACAAUGGACUGGUUAUGGUCUCAAUUACUAAGUUGUGGACUGGUUUUUCAGACUGAUUCUAUGUGCAUGAGACUGGUUAUAGUUAAAGAAACUUGGAUGUGGACAAGAUCUUUCAGACUGGUUCUAUGUACAAUGGACUGGUGCCAGAUUUUCAAGCUAUAUAAAUUACAGUCAAAAUUUAAAUCAGAAGUUUUUUUUGAAUUGUGAGUUUUGGCAAUUGGAUACCAAUUGCUCCAUUCUGACAAAGUAUGGAUUUCAUAGAUUUAUAUAUUGUGAAAAUCAACUGAAAUCCAUAUAUGCUAUUAAAAGAGUCCAUAUAUGGUAUGAAAGAAAUGAUCCCAUGUAACUUUAAUGUUUUAAAAGUGAAAAGUGUGUUGAAAAAAAUGUUCAUGAACUAUCUAAUGAUCAAAAUGUUUUAUGUAUUCAAGAAUUGGUGCCAUUUUGAUAAUAUUUUCAAAGAUCAGAUUUUAUCUGUAUGUUUUUAUGAAUGUUGCGAAAAUCUUCAUUUAUUAUAUACAUUGUAUUUCAGGUUUUUGAGGAUUGUGCAAUCAAUUAUUUAAAAACAACUCAUGUCCUAUUACA